UGAAGCUAGUUGUUUUUUGAAAGAUGUUAGAGAAAGAUCAAUACCAUAUGGAGGCCUAGUCGAACUACAAAAUUGUCUUCUGUAUGAGAUUCUAAGGGGAAAGGAAUUAAGGGUGACCAAUGUUGAUAAAGGAAUCAAUGUGAUUAGGGAUAGGUUGAGGGGCAAAAAAAUUCUCUUGAUUCUUGAUGAUGUAAAUGAACUGAACCAGUUAAACACAUUAGUUGGAGGAUUUGAUUGGUUUGGUUCAGGCAGCAGAAUUAUCAUAACAACAAGAGAUAAGCAUUUGUUAAGUGCGCAUGAAGUCAAUCAGAUAUACAAGGUCAAGGAAUUAGAUCCUCAUGAAGCUCUUCAGCUCUUCAGCAGUUGGAAUGGAUUCUCAAGAAACAAACAUUUGCAUGAGGAGUAUGAGAAACUCGCACAAACUAUUGUACACUAUGCUCAAGGCCUUCCAUUAGCUCUAAUGGUUUUUGGCUCACUUCUACUUGGUAAAAGUGUUGAUCAAUGGCAAUCUGCAUUAGAUGGCUAUAAAAGAGUUCCAAACAAAGAGAUUCAGGAAAUUCUCAAAAUAAGUUAUAAUGCAUUAGAAGAGCAUGUGAAAAAUGUUUUCCUGCACAUCGCUUGUUUCUUUAGAGGGGAAAAUAAAAACUAUGUGAUAGAAAUACUAGAAAUUUGUGACCUCAACCCUAAGUAUAGUAUUGUAUUGCUCGCGGAAAAGGCCCUCAUAAAUAUAGAUGAGAGAGAUUGUAUUGGGAUGCAUCACUUGCUAGAAGAAAUGGGUAAAGAAAUAGUUCGCCAAGAGUCACCAUCCGAGCCAGGAAAACGAAGCAGAUUGUGGUUUUAUGAGGAUAUUUGUCAUGUCCUAGAAGAAAAUACUGGGACGAGUAAAAUUAAAGGCAUCAUGAUGAAUUUUCCAGAAGAACAUGAGAUAUCCUUGAGUGCUAAUAGCUUCUCAAAGAUGAAAAAUCUUCAACUUUUCAUAAAUAGAAAUGCACGAUUUUCUGAAACUCGUGUGGAUUAUCUCUCCAACGAGUUGAGGUUGCUUGAUUGGCCUGAAUGUCCGUUGCAAACUUUUCCAUCGAGUUUUAAUCCAAAGAAACUUGUUGAAAUCAAUAUGCCUCGUAGCAGCUUGUCACAACUUGGAGAAGGAUUCAAGAGGUUGCAGAAUCUAAAAUCUAUGAGUUUGGAGGGAUGCAAGUUCCUCACAGAAACCCCCAACUUCUCUGGAUUCCCAAAUUUAGAGGACUUGAAUCUAAACUACUGUACAAGUUUAGUUGAGGUUCAUCCUUCUGUUGGAUUCCUUGAUAAGCUUAUUUGCUUGAGUAUGAGAGGAUGCCGUAAACUUACGAAACUUCCAGGAAGGGUUCACUUAAAAUCUCUGGAAUCUAUAGAUCUUAGUCGUUGUGGAAGUCUAAAAAAUUUCCCUGAGAUUGUUGGAAAGAUGGAAUCAUUGGGAGAGAUGAACCUAUCCCGCACUGCCAUCGAAGAAUUGCCUUCAUCAAUCAGAUAUCUCAUUCGUCUGUAUUCGUUAAAGUUAAGCAACUGCAAAAACUUCACAAAUCUACCAUGCAGCAUUUAUGAGUUACAGAAUCUUCAAUUUGUUUAUCUUCGUGGAUGCCAGAAGCUUGUGAGAUUUCCAAAUAAGGUGAUUCCAACCAACUCAAAUGACAUUGCUGGUUCUUUAACGCUUCCCAAUCUUUCCCAUUUAUAUAUAGAAGGAGCCAAUUUAUGCGAAAUCGAUUUCCUUUGGACUCUUGAUUGUUGGUCCAGAUUAUGCAUACUUGAUCUUUCAGGAUCCAAUUUUGUUAGACUUCCCGAAUGGAUUACCAAAUUUGUCAACAUGCAAAAACUGAACUUGGUUGGCUGCAAGAGGCUUUUAGAGAUUUCAGAUCUUCCACCAAACAUACAUUCAGUAGAUGUGAGUGGUUGCAUAUCAUUGGAAAGAUUUCCGAAAUUGCAAAACAUCUUGGAAGGUAAAGAGUUACAGAGGCAUAUAACGAUGGACUUGUCUAAUUGCUGGAGACUGCUCGACAUUGCGGCUCAUUUCUCUGAUCACUUUCUGAUCGCUUGUAAGCAAUUGUCAGUCGGGGUCGUAUUUCCAGGAAGUGAAGUUCCAAUGUGGUUCAACUGUCGUAAGAAUUUGAAGAAGCCCGUAAAGAACUGUGACAUUUCCUUCGAAAUCCCACGAGAUUUCAGACGGGAAAAGAAAGGAUUGGCUCUCUCUGUUGCUUUUGAAACGCCAUCUAGAUUCGGUACUUUAUAUGCCGUUAUUCACAUCAAUGAAGAACAAAUUUAUGGUGUUAUGUUUGAAUUUGGUUCAACAAUGUUUGAGUCAACUCACGUGUGGCUGCUCUAUGUUCCAUUUUGUAAGAUGGAUGAGUAUGCAAAGCUAAAUCAGUCUACGUGGCCGCUGCCGCCUUUUAUGUGUCGAGCUAGUUUUUAUCGACAUUAUGAUCCACUGUAUUUUAAAAGCUGCGGAGUCCACCUGGUAGUGCCACAGGAUGGUGGAGAUAUUCGUUCGUCUCGUCUCGUCGGUUGCAGUGAGGAAGGAGGAGAAUGAUAUUGGGGUCGAUAUUCAAGACUAGUUAGAAGAAGAAGAAGAAGUUCUGCCAGGAAGUCCAGAGAAUAAUAUACUUUCAAAUUAUUAGAUUUUGUAAAUUAAUUUGUAACUCCUUGUGGCACCAACUGAGUUUACAUGAAAGCAAUGGAGCUCUGUUAUUAUUAGAUUUCGUU